CCGUCUGCGUUGGUGCGAGACGUUUUGUUUUAUUUUGUCUCGUUGCCAAGCCAACCAACCUGUGCAACGUGAAAGGACUAUGAGUGGACUAUCCUUCACCUAUCCUGAAACGGAAACGUACGUACAGUGGAGCGUAGUAGUGGUCCACUCGGCGGCGGAUGCAAUAAAUAGCUAUCAACAGUGGAUUCGCGGUUUUAGUUACCAUUUUAUCGUUUAUCCAUCGGCAAGUGAUCACGGUACCACAGUACGCAUACGAUUUUAACUACAAUACAGUCAGCUGGGUUCGACAUGGCAAUGGCUUCAAUACUUCCCGCAUCGUCUGGCGUAGGCGAAAGUGAUCGUGUUCUCAAAUCCAUGGAUGCCAAUCGGUACGCGACGAAGAAAACCAUCGCCCAGGGCAUGCUGGACAUUGCACUGCUUACGGCCAACGCGUCCCAGUUGAAGUACAUACUGCAGGUGGGCGAUAAGCACGAGUUCUACGGUCUAAUGCUGACACUAAUCAGCAUCUCGAUCAUCCUGCAGGUCAUAAUGGGUGUGCUAAAUCUAAGCCUCAGCCUAAUGCGCGACUGUCGACUUCAUCUGCCGGAGUACCAUCGAUCGGCUAACGUGAUCAAUUACAUUGUCACCGGGGCAGCCGUACUGGUUGCCAUGGUGAACCUAAUGAUAUCCGCCUUCGAUCCAAAGAUUCUUAAAUAUACGCUUGACUAACAACGUCCAGCUUGGCGUAUACGCGUUACCAUUUCCCAAUUCCACGAACCAAUCCAUCGGUCAAGCGUUUGAUGUCCUGCAUAUCAAACAGAUACGCUUGCUUCGAACCCUCUUCGAUUCUGUCUCAGGGUAUUCCCCGGACUUUCUUAAUUAGCUUUCGGGAACAAUACCGACCAUUCGCGCGUUGCGUGACGAUUACGGUUCUAUUCAUUGAUUUGUUAUCGAUUUUUCCACCACAUCACACGGCACGCAAUCAAUCGCAGCGCAAUUCAAUACGGGAUUUGAUCCUGUCCAGUUCAGGCUAGCAAAUUGUUGGCAAUAGAUACUACAGAUAUUCAUAAUGCAACACGUGUCCGGAAAUGUGAGAUCUGACACCACGAGCGAACGCCUACCGCCCAUCACCAACCGUCCUAUCCAUCCGGCUCACUCAUUUUCUUUUCCUCAUUUUCUUCCCGGUUCUCCUACCACAGCACAAAUAAUUACAGUUCCUUUCGGAACUAGGUACGGAUCCACCAACUUCCUCCACCAACCAUUCUUCAUGCAUUCCCCCCCUGUCUUUCUCCCCUGCAGAUGCUUGUCGGCAUACUGUUCGUGGUGAUCGGUAGCUUAAACAUUAAUCGCAAACCCGACCAAACGGCCGCCAUCGUGCUGAACGAUGUAAUCCUGGUGCUAAUAUUUGUCAUCUCGCUGAUCAAUGUCAUCAUAUCCGGGUUCGGCAUAGAGUAUUCUUCGCAACCGCUUCGGCUGCUUGAACGCGUGGACCCAACGUCACAAUCCACCGACAAGUUUCAACAUUUCGUAGGCUAGCUGCGGCCUGGCAAGAGUCUCAUGCGUCACACACCUGCCAUCAACCUCAGCCGUCCCGUCCGGCCAGAACCAGAAAAGACCGUCCUGCACUUCUUUGAAGAACUUGGCACUAACCUGGAUCAUUUUCCGCUGCUUGUUAACUCGCUAGUAGCUUCACUAACUAUUGCCUGUACUAACCCCUACCCAUUGGCAUAGGUUUCGGCCGCACUACUGGCCGUCAUUCUUACUCUGGUCAAUCUGCAUGGUGGUGAGGUUCAACGGAAGGUAGCUAACAUACUGAAUCACUUCUCGCUCGGGUUCGUCGUAGUGGCUCUGUUUUGCGAUGUCAUCAAGAUGAAUUUCGGACUAGAUCCGGCCGUACCGUACAUCCACAAUUGAGCGAGGCAGUUGGACAAAUAAUUACAAAAAACAACAAAAAAAAACUAUACUUCUUAGCUCAAGUGCUUACUCAUAUACUUACUCAACACUCUUCUGCCGCAUGCGAACAUCUGCCCCUGUGUCGCCCAAGAUCGCCCAAGGGAUCGCCUGCAUACUGUUGGCCAACUACAACAUCAACAAGGAACAGUCGCGGGAUACGGCGAACGCGGUGCAGAACUUUUCACUCGGUCUCAACCUUGCCACGGUCGUGGUCAACAUCAUGAUCAAUGGCAUGGAGGUAAAGCACAUGGACGAUGUUGGCUCAGGCUUAGCGUUUGAAACCGUCACAAAGGGAUUGUGAGGCAGCGUUAAGACGAUUGCUCGUAUCGAAAGCAUUCGGAAGCAUCAUUUGAGAAGAAAGUGUUAAUAAAGAUAAUACAGGGUUUAUUGUAGCGAAA